GUAGUAAUGUUAGGCAGUACUAGUAAUAUUGAAUUCGGAAAAGUGCCAUCAAUAAUGAGCUGGAAAUUUGUUGUAGGGAACACAUUUGUUUUUCAAGUGUUCUCUGGAGAAUUUGUGAUCGCAUGUACAGUAUACGUGUUUUUCCGUCCUUGGUUCAAAAAAUUCAGAAGUCGUGCUGUCGAUGAUGUUCUUAACGGUAUUGCUAUGCAAAUGAAAGAUAAAGACUUAGCGAUACUAUUUCAAAAUUGUUGGGCAUAUUCAUUGGACAAAGCCAUAUUAUGGCAUGAUACUUCUAAAGGAUAUCCGAGAACGUUCAUUGUUCCUGGAAACAUGAACGUAAUGUACAUUCGAGAUUCAACAAAUCAAGUGAUUUCGUAUACUCCUUAUGCAAAACGUGAUACUCACUUGGCCCAAAUGAUACUUGGGGUAAUUUACAUGCAAGCCGAGUAUCUGGAAAAGGAUAUUUAUUCAAAUUCCUUUUUGCCGCCUAUUGAAUCUCGGAUUUCUCGUCCCUUCGAUCCGUGGCAACGAGAUGAUAAAAGUUACCCAGAGCCAUCUUCUGAUGCUUGGCAGCAAAAAUGGUCAGCUGAUAGUCUGGCUUCCUUCCUAAAAUUAACAUAUCAUUAUUGGAAGCAUACAAAAGAUUCAUCAUUCGUUCGUAAUGAGCAUUGGGUCAAUGCGACUCGACAGGCUUUAAAGAUUUUUUCUGAACAAAUGCGCGGGACUAUGGAAGAAUUUGGGAAUGAGUCCUAUCUUUUCACACGACCAACUAGAAACAGCAGCGAAACUUUAUUGCUGAAUGGCAGAGAUAAUGAUUGGACUCGGGUAAACUCGUGGCCUAACGACUUGAGUUAA